AUGGUAACCAUGGAAAUAGAAGCACCAAUAAGCAAAAAAAUCACAGAAGAAACCGUAACGGAGGAAGACGACGACGAGCAAUCUCCAAUAGAGCAAGUCCGUUUAACUGUUCCGGUAACCGAUGACCCGGCACUCCCGGUAUGGACUUUUCGUAUGUGGUUCCUUGGGUUAUUCUCCUGCGUCCUCCUCUCUUUCUUGAACCAGUUCUUCUCGUACCGGAAGGAGCCGCUCAUCAUCACACAGAUCACAGUUCAGGUGGCUACGCUUCCUAUCGGACGGUUCAUGGCCUCUGUUCUUCCCGAAACGAAGUUUCGGAUUCCGGGUUUCGGGUCGAGAAAAUUCAGCCUCAACCCGGGGCCGUUCAACAUCAAGGAGCACGUUUUGAUUACCAUAUUUGCGAACGCUGGAAGUGCUUUUGGUAGCGGUUCUGCUUAUGCUGUUAGUAUCGUGAAUAUCAUAAAGGCUUUUUAUGGGAGGAGUAUCUCUUUCUUUUCUUCCUGGUUACUUAUCGUCACCACCCAGGUAUUGGGAUAUGGUUGGGCGGGGCUACUGAGGAAGUACGUGGUGGAGCCAGCCCAUAUGUGGUGGCCCAGUACCCUCGUUCAGAUCUCUUUGUUCAGGACUUUGCAUGAAAAAGAAGAGAAAGACGGCGACCGCCAAUUAUCUCGAGUCAAAUUCUUCUUGAUCGCACUCAUAUGCAGCUUUAGUUGGGCCUUAUUCCCCCAAUACUUGUUCCAAACCCUUCAAAGUAUCUCAUGGGUCUGUUGGGCUUUUCCUAACUCGAUCACUGCUCAACAAAUCGGGUCAGGUCUUAAUGGACUCGGAGUCGGAGCAUUUACUCUGGACUGGACAACUGUUGCUUCAUUUCUAUUUAGUCCCUUGGUAUGUCCCUUCUUUGCCAUUGCCAAUGUCUUUGUGGGGUAUGUCAUCUUUGUUUACCUGGUGAUUCCAAUAUGUUACUGGGGUAUGAAUAUGUAUAAUGCCAAUACAUUUCCCCUUUAUUCCACGGAUUUAUACACAGCACAAGGUCAAUUGUAUAACAUUUCAUUGAUUGUUGAUAAGAAGUUUGAGUUAGAUUUUCCAGCAUAUAAGGAGCAAGGAAGGGUCCAUUUAAGUAUCUUUUUCGCUUUGGCAUAUGGCUUUGGAUUUGCUACCAUUGCUUCGACACUUUCUCAUGUCGCUUUAUUUUAUGGACGGGAAAUAUAUGAUCGAUACCGUGCUUCGUUUAAGGGAAAAGAGGAUGUCCACAUGAGACUAAUGAAGAGAUAUGAAGACAUACCUUCAUGGUGGUUUUAUGUUUUGCUUCUUGUAACCAUUGUUGCUUCCUUACUUCUCUGUAUUUUUUUCAAGAAAGAGGUACAGAUGCCAUGGUGGGCAUUAAUAUUUGCAGCCGGGCUCGCAUUUAUUUUCACUUUGCCUGUCAGCAUUAUCACUGCCACAACAAAUCAAACACCAGGAUUAAACAUCAUUACGGAGUAUAUAAUGGGAGUAGUAUGGCCAGGAAAACCAAUAGCAAAUGUUUGCUUCAAGACAUAUGGAUAUAUGAGCAUGUCACAGGCUAUUGCAUUUCUCAGUGAUUUCAAGUUGGGUCAUUACAUGAAGAUUCCUCCCAUAUCAAUGUUCCUGGUUCAGUUGAUCGGGACAAUGGUUGCUGGAACAAUCAAUCUAAGUGUAGCAUGGUGGCUUCUCGAAUCUAUCGAAAACAUAUGCCAUAAAAGUGUUCUUCCAGCAAAUAGUCCAUGGACAUGCCCAAAUGACAAAGUGUUUUUUGAUGCAUCUGUUAUCUGGGGAUUAGUAGGACCAAAGAGAAUUUUUGGGUCUUUAGGAGAAUACUCAUCAUUAAACUGGUUCUUACUUGGAGGACUUUUAGGACCUUGUCUUGUUUGGCUCCUGCACAAAGCCUUCCCUAACCAUUCAUGGAUUCCACUAAUUAAUCUACCAGUACUUCUGGGUGCAACGGCUUAUAUCCCCCCAGCAACCACAUUGAAUUAUAAUUCUUGGAUUUUAGUGGGUGCCAUCUUCAAUUUCUUUGUAUUUAGGUACAGAAAGAAAUGGUGGCAGAAGUAUAAUUAUAUCUUAUCUGCUGCAUUGGAUGCUGGUGUUGCCUUCAUGGCUGUUAUGCUUCACUUCUUGCUGGGACUUGAGGACAAGAGCUUGAACUGGUGGGGUUCAGGUUCGGACAUUGAUACCGAACAUUGUGGCCUGGCAAUUUGCCCAACAGCAAAAGGUGUAGCAGUUGAAGGAUGUCCACUUUUUUAA